CGCAACUACAGACUUUAAAUGUUUCUGGUACAUCCUUUGCAUAAGGAAACAUUUUAAAUAACACGCCUUCCCCCUUUUCCCUUUAAAAAAGGAUGAGCUGAAAUCUCGCGAGCUCUACCCCCCGUUUGGAACUCAUGCUACCAGUCGGUAUCUGAAUGCCUUACUGCAGUGUGUAUUGCAGCGAGGAUGCAAUGGGAGUCUAGGAGGAGUUGCACCAAGGUCAAUGCAGCAUCCACUCUAAAACAUAACACCGCGGAUUUGAUUCACUUUCGUACAAGUGUGCUGAAAGCGAGAGGACCGUGAAGCGUUUUGAAGAUUCGUUUGCCAGGGCUGAAAGUUGAUACCUUUUUCCCUCUGUAGUGUAUAUAACGUUAGUGAGGCAACUAGCAAGCCAUCCUUCUCCAUUCGUAGCUCUCCGCAUGUCUGGACUACCUUUUCUCAAUUCGGAUGCACUGCGUUUCUGUUGGAGCGAAUAUCCAGACGGUCUUCCUCCACUUGGGUGGCAUCAGGAGUGUUCGCUAACUUUAUGUCGGAAAUAAUUUGGUUUUAGCAGCAGUGUAGCUUUGCUAUUGUACACGAGUUGUGCUGGACAUUUAGCUAGCUAGGUUUGUCUCUGCAAGCUCGUCCAUUCAUCAGUAAUAUUUGCAAUGUCAGCGCCAUCCUCUACGCCUCCCGUUCAGGAAGAGAAACAGGCGCCAGAAAAUGAGGGACUGGCCGGGAAUACAGGUUUGGAGAUCGCCGGCCCGACACCCAGCUCGAGCCGGUUCCAGGUGGACCUAGUGGCUGAAGCAGCCAGCGCCGCUGAUAAAACGCCCAGCACGGAUUCCACGCUUGCAUCUGGCGACAAAGCCACCCCCGAAGGUUCGGAGCCAGCGGCGGGCGGUGAGGCAAAAGGCCGGUUCCGAGUGGUAAACUUUAUGGAUCCCAGUGGAGCGAGCCCACCAGAAGUAGUGCCCGCUGAAGGCUUCCAGAAUGGAGACACCGUAAUGAGCGAGGGCAGCCUGCAUUCUUCGACAGGAGGCCAGCAUCACUACCACUACGACACCCAUACAAACACCUAUUACCUGAGGACUUUUGGCCACAACACCAUCGAUGCUGUGCCUAACAUAGAUUUCUACCGGCAAAGUGCUGCUCCGCUGGGAGACAAGCUGAUAAGACCCACCCUUUCGGAGCUGCACGACGAACUUGACAAGGAGCCAUUUGAGGAUGGCUUCGCCAACGGGGAUGAGCUGUCACCGGCCGAGGAGGCCGCAGCCAAGGAGGCGGCCGAGCCUAAGGGAGCGGUCAAGUUCGGGUGGAUCAAAGGGGUGCUGGUGCGCUGCAUGUUGAACAUUUGGGGCGUGAUGCUCUUCAUCCGCAUGUCAUGGAUCGUGGGCCAGGCGGGAAUUGUUCUCUCCUGUGUGAUCGUUCUCAUGGCAACAGUUGUGACCACCAUCACUGGCCUUUCGACCUCAGCGAUUGCAACUAACGGCUUUGUACGAGGAGGAGGGGCAUAUUAUCUGAUAUCCAGAAGUUUGGGGCCAGAGUUUGGCGGCUCCAUUGGUCUGAUCUUUGCCUUUGCCAACGCUGUGGCUGUCGCCAUGUACGUGGUGGGCUUUGCCGAGACGGUUGUGGAGCUCCUCGGAAGCGUGGAUUGCAUUAUGACAGAUGAGAUCAAUGACAUCCGAAUCAUCGGCACCAUCACCAUCAUCCUUCUUCUGGGUAUCUCCAUGGCAGGAAUGGAAUGGGAAGCUAAGGCUCAGAUAUUCCUGCUGGUCGUUCUGAUCACGGCCAUCUUCAACUACUUCAUUGGCUCCUUCAUCCCACUCAAGUCCAAGGAGUCGCAGGGCUUCUUUGGCUACGACAGUGCGAUUAUGAUGGAGAACAUGGGUCCGGACUUCCGAGGCACAGAGUCGUUUUUCUCCGUCUUUGCCAUCUUCUUCCCUGCAGCCACUGGCAUUCUGGCCGGCGCCAACAUCUCAGGAGAUCUUUCUGACCCACAACUGGCCAUUCCAAGAGGAACACUCUUAGCCAUUCUGAUCACUGGCAUUGUCUACCUUGGGGUUGCCAUUUCUACUGGCUCUUGCAUUGUGAGAGACGCCACAGGAAACGGCAAUGACACACUCAGCACACAGUUCAUGGCCAACUGCACUGACGCCGCCUGCAAAUUUGGCUAUGACUUCUCCUACUGCAAGGGUGAUGACGGCCACUACAACUGCAGAUACGGACUCCAGAACGACUUCCAGGUCAUGAGCAUCGUGUCCGGGUUCAGCCCCAUCAUUACCGCCGGAAUCUUCUCCGCCACUCUGUCCUCUGCCCUGGCCUCUCUGGUCAGCGCCCCCAAAGUGUUCCAGGCUCUAUGCAAAGACAACAUCUACCCCGGCCUUGAGAUGUUCGCCAAGGGAUAUGGCAAGAACAACGAGCCCCUUCGCGGCUACAUCCUCACCUUCUGCAUCGCUCUCGCCUUCAUCCUCAUUGCCCAGUUGAACAUUAUUGCUCCCAUCAUCUCCAACUUCUUCCUGGCCUCCUAUGCUCUCAUCAACUUCUCUGUAUUCCACGCCUCUCUGGCCAACUCUCCAGGGUGGCGCCCCAGCUUCAAGUUCUACAACAUGUGGGUGUCCCUGGCUGGAGCUGUGCUGUGCUGCGUGGUCAUGUUCGUCAUCAAUUGGUGGGCAGCCCUGAUGACCAACGUUAUUGUCAUGGGCCUCUACAUCUACGUGAGCUACAAGAAGCCCGAUGUGAACUGGGGCUCCUCGACCCAGGCUCUGACAUACCAUCAGGCCCUGACCCACAGUCUGCACCUCAGCAGUGUUGAGGACCACAUCAAGAACUUCAGACCCCAGUGCUUGGUGAUGACGGGAUACCCCAACUCCCGUCCGGCUCUGCUCCAUCUGGUCCACGCCUUCACCAAGAACGUGGGCCUGAUGAUCUGUGGCCAUGUGCGCACGGGCUCCAGAAGACCCAACUUCAAAGAGCUGUCCAAUGACCAGACACGUUACCAGCGCUGGCUGCUGAAAAACGAGACCAAGGCUUUCUACACCCCUGUGUUUGCCGACGACAUGAGACAGGGCACCCAGUAUCUGUUACAGGCUGCCGGACUGGGUCGCCUGAGGCCCAACACUCUGGUGAUUGGCUACAAGAGUGACUGGAGGGACGGAGACAUGAUGAACGUGGAGACCUACAUCCACAUGAUUCACGAUGCCUUUGACUUCCAGUACGGUUCCGUGGUCUUCAGACUGAAGGAGGGACUAGACGUAUCCCACAUCUCAGAACAAGAUGACCUGCUGUCGUCACAGGAGAAGACGUCAGGAAUGAAGGAUGUGGUGGUGUCCAUCGACAUGAAGGACUCUGACGGAGACUCGUCCAAGCCUCUGUCCAAGGCCACCAGUGUCCAGAACAGCCCAGCCAUGCAGAAAGACAAGAGCCCCCAGAGGUUGAACGUGGCUGACCAGAGGCUGCUGGACGCCAGUCAGCUGUUCAAGAGGAAACAGGGCAAGGGCACCGUGGACGUCUGGUGGCUCUUUGACGAUGGUGGCCUUACCCUGCUCAUCCCCUACCUGCUCACCAACAAGAAGAAGUGGAAGGACUGCAAGAUCCGUGUCUUCAUAGGAGGCAAGAUCAACAGGAUCGACCACGACCGCAGAGCGAUGGCCACCCUGCUCAGCAAGUUCAGGAUAGACUUCUCCGACAUCAACGUACUAGGAGACAUCAACACCAAGCCCAAGAAAGAGAAUGUUACUGCUUUUGAAGAGAUGAUAGAGCCGUACCGGCUGAAUGAGGACGACAUGGAGCAGGAUACGGCGGAGGCACAGAAGGCCAGCGAGCCCUGGAGGAUAACCGACAACGAGCUGGAGCUCUACAGGGCCAAGACUAAUCGUCAGAUCAGACUGAACGAACUGCUGAAGGAGCACUCAAGCACAGCUAACCUCAUUGUCAUGAGCAUGCCCUUGGCCAGAAAGGGAGCGGUGUCCAGUGCUCUCUACAUGUCCUGGCUGGAGACUCUGUCCAAGGAUCUGCCUCCCCUCCUCCUGGUGCGUGGAAACCACCAGAGUGUCCUCACCUUCUACUCAUAAACACACACAUGCUGCCUUUGGGACCUCCCAUCCCUACCCCAGCCCUAACUAAGACACGCACACAUAUUCUUCAAAGAAGGUAGAAAUAGUAGCAAUUGAUGAUAAUAUUAAUAAUGAUAAAGGAUAUGGUGUUGCUGUGGACAUCCAGCCUCUUACACUACAUGAUCAAAAGUAUGUGGACACUGCUCGUCAAACAUCUCAUUCCAAAAUCAUGGACAUUAAAAUACAGUUGGUCCCUUUGCUGCUAUAACAGCCUCCACUCUUCUGGGAAGACUUUACACUAGAUGUUGGAACAUUCCUGCGGGGACUUGCUUCCAUUUAGCCACGAGCAUUAGUGAGGUCGAGCACUGAUGUUGGGCGAUUAGGCCUGGCUCGCAGUCGGCAUUCCAAUUCAUCCCAAAUGUGUUCGUUGAGGUUGAGGUCAGAGCUCUUUGCAAGCCAGUCAAGUUCUUCCACUCCGAUCUCGACAAACCAUUUCUGUAUGGACCUCGCCUUGUGUACAGGGGCAUUGUCAUGCUGAAACAGGAAAGGGCCUUCCCCAAACUGUUACCACAAUGUUGGAAGCACAGAAUGUCAUUUUAUGCUAUAGCAAUAAGAUGUCCCUUCACUGGAACUAAGGGGCCUAGCCCAAACCAUGAAACAGCCCCAGACCAUUAUUCCUCCUCCACUAAACUAACAGUUGGCAGGUAGCGUUCUCCUGGUAUCAGCCAAACCCAGAUUCGUCCGUCGGACUGCCAGAUGGUGAUUCAUCACUCCAGUUUCCACUGCUCUACAGUCUGCUCGGCCAUGGAAACCAAUUUCAUAAAGCUCCUGACGAAGAGUUAUUUUGCUGACGUUGCUUCCAGACGCAGUUUGGUACUCGAUACUGAGUGUUGCAACUGAGGACAUACGAUUUUUACGCACUUCAGCACUGUGGCCUACAACUUCACGGCUGAGCCGUUGUUGCUCCUAUACGUUUCCACUUCACAAUAACAGCACUUACAGUUGAUGGGCAGAUCUAGCAGGGCAGACAUUUUACGAACUGAAUUGUUGGAAAUAUGGCAUCCUAUGACGGUCCCAUGUUGAAAGUCACUGAGCUCUUCAGUAAAGCCAUUCAAUUGCCAAUGUUUGUCUAUGGAGAUUGCUUGGCUGUGCUCAAUUUUAUACACCUGUCAGCAAUGGGUGUGGCUGAAAUAGCCGAAUCCACUCAUUUUAAGGGGGUGUCCACAUACUUUUGAAUAUAAUGUAUGUGAAAGGGCAGUCAGUCAGUGAAGUCCCCACUACUCUUUUGAAACUGGAGACUGAAGAACACGUGGGAGUUAUUUCCUGCACAUUCAACCUAACGUGAAAAGAAGUGCACAAUUUAAUUUACAAAGUUGAUUUCCUCUCUGGCUUGAAAGAGCCUGUUCAUGCUUCGCACUAUUUUGUUAUUACUAUUAAUAUUGUUAUUAUUAUUCCGAUUCUUCUUGAUGUCAUGUUAAGUUAUAGAUCAUUUUAUAUUUUUUUCAAUGCAGCAAUAAUCGCCCUCUUAUAUUUCCUUUUCUUGUGUUGGGAGAGAGGCAUGUCAAAUGCUUUGCAACACUUUUUAUUGCCUUAUGUAUGUGCCUUCCAGUUGAAAUCAAUAAUUAAAUUAUUAAUCGCUCUACCCAGAUUGAACGGUAUGAAAAAUGUAUAAUAGCUAUUUUUAUUAGGUUUUAAAUGUAAUCUUUGUUUUUAUUGAGGAUUUUUAUGGUAGUGGAUUGAUUGUAGGAGGUUAGCAGAGUCUCCACUUGAUGGCAUCAAAAUAUUUCUCUGGUGUUUAUUUUCCUCCUUCCUCCAUCCCUAAAUUAUUUCCUGUUUUUUUUAAUGGCCUCUGACUUUAUUGUCUAUCGGUUUGUUUGUCUUCCUUUUAAGCUGUGUAGUACCCUCUACUUAAUACUAGAGGCAAUCUGCUUCAAUUCUGAAAGUUGAUUGGAUGAUGUCGAAGAAUUGUCUCUUAACAGAAAGCAUCCACGGGUCUAUAAUUUGAAGUUCUAGGGUUCUUAUUUCCACACUGUGUCAGAAAUGACUGCAGUUGGCUAGAAUUGGGCUUAGCUUCUGAUUAGCUUUGCCAUGCUAAAGAGCCAGUUGUCUCACAACAGCUGCUAACACAAACAAGUGUUUAACCAAAAACAAGUUCUUAGUCCAAGUCUCCUUUGGACUCAAGUAGGUCCCCACAUUGAAGUCUCACCAUAUUGGAAUCUAUCGGCUGAAUCCUAACUUCAGAUGCUCCAAUUUUACUCAAACUUUUUUGCGGAAUUCGUGUAUCGAUGUCCAUAGGAGACUUGAAAGUAAGUUACUUAUGCAUAUCUCAAAUUAGGACACGGCCCCUCGGGUUCCCCACAUUGGAGUGACUCUAUGAAGGAACUGGUCUAGCCCUUACAACCGCGAAUUAGACUUUGCCUUAAUGCUAGAAGUAAUGAUUGUUGUCAUUGUCUUUCUCUUAUAAGCCGUACUGGCUGUAUGAUUGAACUAGUGGGUCAAUGCAGAUGUAGCUAUAGAGGAGUAUUGCAUAAAGAAGAAUGUACUGUCACUCUACUUUAUCCAGUAUUUUAAAAACAAUUCUGUAUAUGUAUGUACCAUUUUAUUAUUAUUGUUUCCAGUUCAAGAAAGCCCCCCUUAGUCUGUUACAUGGAACAGUCUGGAAUUUGUGCUUGCUUUAGGUUCAACCAUUGAUAGAAAAGUGCCGUUUCGUGUCAGUUUUUUCUCCAGUAGUGGAGGCAUUAGCUCAUUCUGCCUCAGACAAUGGUACCUGGACAUACUCUGAUGUAGACUGUUUUUACGUAUUCCACUAAACAGUGGACCGGAGUCCUUCAUGCCCACAUGUCUGACUGUUUGUCUGCUUGCCGUGAUGUACAUUGGACUAGUAGCCUCAAUUCUCCUCUGUUCGUUUCUGUUCAAUGCAAAAACGACUCCCACUCUGUCUGGUCUGUGAAGAUGAGUAGGCACUUUGCUGAGUAUCUUUCCAUGGCUGUUCUUUUUGGGUGUUCAAAAGAGGGGAAAUUGUUGAUAGAAGAUAUGGAUCAGCAUGUUUCAAGAGGGCACUGAUACAUACCUCUAAGCAGGUGAGCUACUGUAAUAAGGUAUUGGGAUAAAAUUCAUGGUUUAUUUGAAGGGUCCCUCAGUUCAUUUUUGGACAAUUUAGGCUGGCCCAUAAACCUACUGUCAGCACACUUUGCCAUUGUUCCAGGAGAAUUAAAGUUGUGGUGCGUACCAUGUGGGGCCUUUCUCACAGGGGUGAAAUGUCCCAAAGCAAAGGGGCAUGUUAACUGUUUCUUUAACUUGUGAAUGAGGGUUUUAUAAUAACUGCCGAAAGCUACUGGAUCAAAACAGGGUUAUUUGCGUUUAUAAUGUACAGUAUUGCCCACGCCUUACCCAACACGCUGUCUAUAGGUCAUAACAUUUAAGGCCAACCACGUCAUUGCCCCUCUCUUCCCUAGUUCUUAUCCUUUAUGCAAUUUCUAAAAAGAAAAAUGAAUGACUUUUUAGGCAGGAGGUUUGGGUCAGUUGAAUGUAAAUCUGAUAAACACUAAACGGAGAGUUACUUUUAUUUUUUACUUCUACAGUGCCGAGUUCAAUGUUUUUGCUAAAAGCUACAUCCUUUUAGAUUUCAGUCCCACAUGGAAAUCCAGGUGCAGUGUGCUUUGUAUUUCAGGCUCAAUCAACUAUUCCCACCCACACGACUGCAUCUCACCGUUCCGUGUCCUUUAUCUAGAGAAUGACUACGCCAUGUGAUUGUGAACGAAUAUAUACACAUAUAGUGUAAAUAUACUCAUGUAUAAAAUUAUUUCUUUGAAAUAUGUACAAAGCAUGUAAAACCUUUUUUUUUAAAUGGGUGGGGGAUUGUAAAGCUUUUUAGAACCCAGAUGAUCUUACUUACCAAAUCUGUUCUGUGUAUCGGUGAGUAAACCACUCAACCCUCAGUUACUAUACAAAGCAACAAUGUCACAAACAAAACACGGGUUACUCUACAUUUAUAUUGAAAUAUAUAAAUAACACAAUGUGUGUCAAUACAACCGGGCGGGGAUUUUUGUCAUGAGUGUGUUCUUUUUUCCCAUCUAUGUAUAGGUGUGAGGAGAGGAAUACUAUAACGUCCUCAAAAGUCAUUAUUUAGCCGAAACCUGACACUACUGUGCUCUGUCCAAGAGACCAAAACAUGUUGCCUGUAACAUGUGGCCUAGCCAUGUUGAGAUGUCGUCCUCCUCUGUAUUUGUAUUGAUAUGCUGUACUGUUAACUGUCACAUAUAUGCUUUUUUCAAACAUUUGAACAUACUUUGUACAUGUUUAUUGCAUUAAAUCAAAUGAAAUCAAUCA